GUCUUUCAUUACUACGCUCCGGCUUUAGACUUGGUUCAGCUGGUUAAUCUGUCAGACCUGCCCAGCUUUGUGAUGUCCAGCUCCUGUUUUGAACUAGGCCUGUGUGGAAAGUCAGCAAAGGCUAAACUUCUGCUGGACCAGCUGAGGUCACUGCGUGGACAGGUUGGGGCAUUGUUCAGUCUGUCCUGUGUAAUCACUCCCAUCACCCAGGCUGCAGCCAGCCAAAUCAGCUCCCAGCGCUGGAGGGAGUCUAUAGACCGGAGGCUUAAGUCCAUACCUGUGCCUGAUGUUGAGGUGAAAGGUGAAAGUGCUCACUUCUUCCUGUUGGUCCAGGGAGCAGACGAUACUGGGUUUGGAUCCUGCAGGGUCAGGAUGUUGCACUCAACCAGUCAAAUUAAUGGAGCAGCUGCCAUGGCAACCCUUACGGGGUUGAUGAGAGAGAAGUGUCUUUCUUCAUCAGGAGGCAAUGUAGCCAAGAUCCUCAGUACUCUCCCUUGUCUCCAAGGAGACGGCCUACUGAAGAGAGAGAGGAAGGUGACCCAGGUUCAGGCUCUGGUACUUAAGGAAUAUCGCAGACAGAAAGAAGAAGAAGAGGAAGAGUACAACUCAACUUCAAUACCCAUCAAUGAUGUGAAGGCCAUUUUAAGUCUGGCAAGGGAGCAGUAUCUGAACAUGCUGGACUCCACUCUGCUCCCGGCUGCCGCCUGUCUGACCAACAAGCAGGGGACUGCCAAAAAAUCAGUUUUUCAGACUGUUUCCCACCAGUCGUCUGAGUGGCCUGAGAGGAGCGUCCUCCACAACAUAGAGAACCUGCUGAAGAGACGACAGAGGAAGAGAUUUGGACUGUUAGGUCCAGGCUCCAGUGACAGCCUGCUGGGUCCCAAAGAUAGUCAGAAGACAUCUGCUCUCUUAGAUGCCAAGGAGCUUCUGAAACACUUCACAUCUGAUGGUUUGCCUGCUGGGGAGCUACAGCCACUGGCUAUCAAUAGAGGUACUAAUGUGUUUCAGUUGUCACCAGACCUCUCUCCGGGGAGAGCAAGCAAACUGCCCUUCGACAAGGCCUCAGCGUCACAUUACCAUGGCAUCGAAUUCUGCUUGGACAAUCAGCGGUCUUUGGAUCGGGACCAGGCCUUUGUGAGGCUCCAGUCCCGCCUAAUCCGGCAUGAGACCCAAAGUACCUGCACCAAAGAGCCAUGUGCCCUCCCCAUCGCCCACAGUCCCGCCCCCUCCCCUGCCGUGAUGUCGGAACCAGGAAGUGUACCUGACGGAGAGAGUCUGCAGAAUGCUGACGUAGCACGACUCAAGCGUAGAUCCUGGGACACGGACAUUGUCGGUGGUUAUUCUCGCAAGAGGCUGGUGAAGUCUGAGAGCAGCGACUCGCUCUGUUCUCAGAGCAGUGGUAGCAGUGGGACGCACCCUGUCAUUAGGUCUCUCAGACAACAGCCAAGCAGAUCCCAGUCCACUUCUGCCUCCAUCACUGCUUCUUCUUCAGUCACCAGACGGACAUCCUCGGUGACGCUCCCUGCUGCUGAUAAACCUAAAGCUCCACAGCAGACACAACAUGUUCAGUCAGAGGAGAAACUUGCUGCCAAAGAGUCACGUUCUCAGAAACACAACAGGAUGUUGCAGGAAGUUGUAGCUAAAACACUCAAACUCCACGGGAUCAACACUGAGCACGAGUGCUUUGACGCCUGCAGCAAAAGACUGUUUGAUAUCUCCAAAUUCUAUCUCAAGGAUCUUAAAACCUCUCGGGGCCUGCAUGAUGAGAUGAAGAAGGCAGCCAGCAGCAACGUCAAGCAGGUCAUUGACUGGGUGCUGGAGAAGACCUCGGUCAAGCGAAGACGGCCUUGAAGCCUAAGUGGAAAAAAUAUUUCAUUUUUAAAUCUUUGGAAUUUUUGCUUUGUGAACCAAGUU